GAAGAGCAGCUCCGUCUUGCCGAGGUUCAGCUUGAGGUGGUGAUCCGUCAUCCACACGGAUAUGUCUGCCAGACAUGCAGAGAUGCGAUUCGCCACCUGGUCAUCAGAAGGGGGAAAGGAGAAGAUUAAUUGUGUGUCGUCUGCAUAGCAAUGAUAGGAGAGACCAUGUGAGGUUAUGACAGAGCCAAGUGACUUGGUGUAUAGCGAGAAUAGGAGAGGGCCUAGAACAGAGCCCUGGGGGACACCAGUGGUGAGAGCGUGGUGUGGAGACGGAUUCUCGCCACGCCACCUGGUAGGAGCGACCUGUCAGGUAGGACGCAAUCCAAGCGUGGGCCGCGCCGGAGAUGCCCAACUCGGAGAGGGUGGAGAGGAGGAUCUGAUGGUUCACAGUAUCGAAGGCAGCCGAUAGGUCUAGAAGGAUGAGAGCAGAGGAGAGAGAGUUAGCUUUAGCAGUGCGGAGCGCCUCCGUGAUACAGAGAAGAGCAGUCUCAGUUGAAUGACUAGUCUUGAAACCUGACUGAUUUGGAUCAAGAAGGUCAUUCUGAGAGAGAUAGCGGGAGAGCUGGCCAAGGACGGCACGUUCAAGAGUUUUGGAGAGAAAAGAAAGAAGGGAUACUGGUCUGUAGUUGUUGACAUCGGAGGGAUCGAGUGUAGGAAAAUGGUAUUUAUGGUUUUGCUAUGUUUAUUCCAUAACCAAAACAUUGAUAUUUUCAAAAUUGUUUUAUUUGAAGUAUUAAUUUAUCAAAUGGAUUAUGGUGUUGACAAAAUUGUGAUAACCCCAGAGACCUGGGCCAAAUACAUAUCUUUGAGGUGCACCUGAUUUAGCUUGAAGUUUGCAAUGUUGGUACUAUUCCAUUGGAACUUUUCUUCAUGGCCAAAAUGUGUCAAGAAGUCAAGUAUUUGACAAUUGUAUUUGACCCAGGUUUGGCUAACCAUGAUUAGGGGAGAUCAAAUUAUUAUUUCAAACCUAUCUUGGGAGGCUACAGUAGCCUGCACCUUACCAGAUGUUUUGACUGCUGAGUGGUUAUCUACCUGGCUUCCAAGGAACCAUCACUCUCUCACUCUAAACAUUUUCACGCGAUACUGACAUUAUCUCGAAUGAAUGAGUUUAUGGUUAAGCUUAAAUAGAUGAUACAUUUCUACUUUGCGGCAUCUGUGUUUAAAAGCAGAGGAGAUCCUGCUUCACUUCACCUGCAGUUUUUCCUACAUCAGGUAAGUGCUUAACUGCUCUUUCUAAAAGGACGAUGCUAGUUCCAUAUUACCCACGCUAUACUUUUAAUGCUACUUGACUGAAUUUGUACAAUGUUCUUUCUUUGUUCAACAUUGGAGGUAUUGGAUGUGUAUGUUUUUUAUUUUUUACAUUUGAUUAUAUCUGAGUAAUAUUGGAUAGUUGAACGCUUGAAUGUCUUAAGAGACAAAUUUUGUAUAAAAUAAGCAUGUUUUCUUUCCGGUCUUCGAUUAAGAGGGAAAACACUUUGACCAGAGCACCUUCAUCAUGACUUGUCUUCAUGCUGAGCCUUACCUCUGCACUGCUACGUGCAGUAAACUGUCAUCCUCUGGUGAGUUUGAAUGAGGUGGCAACUGGAAAUGAGGACAUGGACACCUCAGAUACAUUUGACAGUGAUCUUGACGUCUCCGACGUAACUGAGGCAGCCAACAAACUUGGGCAUUGACAGACUGAUACAUUCUUCCUAUUUGGAGAUAUUGCUAUGGAAACUGGGGUUCGGAAUGCUUCUCCAUGCACGGCUCGAGAUUGCAAGUGGCCUAAAAAGGCAAGAAUGGGGUUGUGCCUGUGUAUAUCUCCUCUUUGUAUAGUAAGUGUAUUUUUUGAAUCAAUUUUGUAUAGUGGCCAUUCACACCUAACUUUCAUUAUGGUCGCCUUACUGCUGUCCAAUUUAAAGGGUCCUAAAUUCAGUGCGGUGAAAAUGGUCUCAUUCGUUCUUUACAGCUUUAGAGGAGCAAGAUAUCAUCAUAAAAUGACUGAUCUCCUUCCACCGGUCUACCUGCAUCCAAUAUGUGUGGUGGAAGCGGCAUCAAGAUUAUUUUGUAUUUCCACCCUGGAAAUGGGUGUUACAAGUAGACGUUCAAGUGAAAAGGGAAUUCGUAUAAUGCAGAUUUGUCUCCAGUCGUUGUCUUUCCUGACACAGUACUGUUAAUAUCGAAGAUCAGACUGCCUGUGUGCUUUGCUCCUUGUCUCUAAGGUGCUGGUCAUAUUUGGGACGUCGAGGUGGUCAAGCAGGUGAUCUCCUUACAGCAGCGUGGCUGUGUCCAUCAUGGUGCAGUCCAGCAUGAAGACAUGCAUGCUCUGGGCUUCCACCAUAAGCAGAACUGCGGUGACCGGGACAAUGAUGUCACCGUUGUCACAGAGAACAUCAGCAAAGGCAAGGAACACAUCUUCAGAAAGGUGGAAACCAAUAAUUUGAUGAUUCCGUAUGACUACACCUCUGUGAUGCACUAUGGAAGGUAUGCAUUCGCUAAAGGUUAUGGUAAGCUGCCAACUAUCAUUCCAAAGCCAGACUGUAGUGUUCAGAUCGGAGGGGCCCGACAGAUGAGUCGCCAGGACAUCGUGAGGGUCAACAGGUUGUACAACUGCAGAGAGUAUCGGGCUUUAUUAUAUUAUAUCUUACAAUGGAAAAUACAUGUUUUCUUUCAAUCGUGCGUUUCAUAACAUGAGAAUAAAUGUGUUUUUUUGUGUGAACUUUGUCAACACUGCUGAUGUUGUGCCUUUUUAUGUUUUGUUUUGUAUGUUCACCCCAAUAGGAGGACACUUGAAUAAAUGAAUUUAGAAGACUACAUCAGAUAUUUCAACCAACAACUAUUUGAAAUAAAAUCAAAUGGCAGCUAAUCAAUUAGCUUUCUGGAUGAGGUCAAAUUCACUUUGCACAAUACUCAUCGCUUUAUGUUGUGUUGUGGAUGCUUCACCACCCAGUUGGUUGCAAUUCUUCUCUCACCCAAAUGUUUAAAAAAAAUUGUUGUCUUUUUGACACUGUUAUAGAUAUUAUUUUGGGUGAUUGUGAGACAUUCAGUACUCAAUGUUCUAUUGCGUUGGUUGUGUGGUUAAUGUUAAUGUGAUUUCAUAUCCUGUGUUUCCCCCAUUUAUUAGCAUUCAGAAUCUUGACGGUUACUACACUGCCUUCAUAUUUGCUCAAUAAAAGCUCACUGUAUA